UCAACGUUUGAGUGGCUCAAUCUUUUAUUCAGUGACAAAAUGCUCAGCAACUCGGAUAUACGUUUGCUUUCAAUUUAUUAACAAAGGACGAAUGUGUUCCUCACUUGACGAUGAAUUAUGUUACUGAAAAUAUAAAAAUCUGAGUGGAUUAAAUUUCAAGGAAACUCAAUUGUGAAAUGUGCGCUACAUAACCUACGCGGUAACCGACCGUAUACAUUUAGUAAAAUGUAGAUUGAUCUUGCUUCUACUGGGCUUCUACGGAGAUUAUUUUAUUUUCAACCCACAACAAAGUUCUAUUUUGUAUGCAGAAUAAGCAAUAUAUAUCAAAUUGAGACGGAUAUACUAUCAGGAUGCUAGCUAUAAGUAAUAUAAGAUUAAUCAUCCUCGGGAAACAUUCAACCUGGAAGAAUUAUCUGGAUAACACAUACUGUCACUUAAAAGCCUAUCGAGAUAAUUAUAGACAUCUAGUUCAGGCAUUUGGUUAUUCUACAACAUUUAAUGCCAAGGAGGACAACUUUGAUCCUAGAGUCCAGGCACUACGUGAGAAAUUGAUAUAUUGUGACUACCUUGAUCAUGACAAAGUAAAACCGGGUAUUAUGAAACGUCACCUCGAGAAAAGAUAUCGUAAAAUGGUUGAAAAGGAAAAACAACUUGAGAAAUUCAUUCAUGAUCCCGUCUACAGCAUAUUCUUGGAUAAAGUUGAUGAGACAGAUGAAAAUUCGCGAGAGAAUCAACAAGAAGACGACAAGAACUUGAGAAGAAACAUAACUAGGCCCAUACAUAUGCCAUACGCCAGUACAGAUAAGUACAGUAGUAUAAAUACAAGAACGAAUAAUUCUGUUGAGAUCGACUUUGAUGAGAGCACGUUACCAUUGAAUGAAAAGUACAAGAAUCUUUAUGAGAAGUAUCUGACAGCAAAGAAUGCCAUCGAGGAGAACACUAGGGAUAAUUUCACAUUAGAUGAUUAUAUAACCAAAGAACAGAUUAACAUGUCUUACAAGACAAAUCUCUCAAACGUCCCGCUCAAUUGGAUGCUCGACUUUGAGGAAUUUGACGACUCGUUACAAGACGAAAAAUGGCUUGGCAACUACGGUACUCCAGAUCCAGACUCUACAGUUAGCUCUGUGCCAUGCGGCGGUUGCGGUGCCUUGUUACACUGCAAGGAUCACGCCAUACCAGGCUACCUGCCGUCCGAGCUCUUCCUGAAGAGAAGCGAACGUAAACUACGACUCAUGAUUUGUCAACGGUGUCACUUUAUGAAAUAUUACAAUGCCAUGCUGGAAGUGAAGGUGUCGCCGGACGAGUUUGCAGAGUUGCUCAAGGUCAUCAAGACGAAGAAGUGCGCUGUGAUCCUGAUGGUUGACCUCACGGACUUCCCGUGCAGCAUAUGGCCGGAGAUAAAAAGCGUGCUGCAUCCUUAUACGAUGGUGUUCGUCGUGGGUAACAAGAUCGACCUAUUGCCUCAGGACUCGCCGGAGUUCUUCACUCACGUAAAAGAUUGUCUGUUGAAGACUGUGGAGAACACGGGAAUCAAUAAGAAUUUUAUCAAAUACGUGGGACUCGUAUCCGCAAAAACCGGCUAUGGCAUAGAGCAGCUCAUCAACAAACUGCACGCUCUGUGGAAGUACAAAGGAGAUGUCUAUGUGAUUGGCUGCACCAACGUAGGCAAGUCCUCGCUGUUCAACGUCCUACUGCAGUCGGAUUAUUGCAAGGUGCAAGCUGCGGAUCUUAUACAACGGGCUACUAUAUCCCCCUGGCCGGGUACGACCUUGAAUUUGCUGAAGUUUCCCAUCCUGAAUCCGCAGAGGUGGCGGCUGUACUUGAGAAGGAUGCGUUUGCAGCAGGAGCAGAAGGAGUUGCAGACCGAAGAGCAGACGAGGGUCGAGCAGUUUAAGCGAACGUCUAAAUUGAAAUACGUCACGUUGCAAAGUCGCAUCGGCAAGACGUUCAUAUCGAAAUCCAAACUCCAGCAAAGCAACGACCCAUUCGCCAUAGAGAAAUACUCGAAGAACAUGCAGAAACUUGGCUUUGACGAGACCAAGGACGAGUACAAGUACAGCCGAUGGUGUUAUGACACUCCUGGCACUAUUCAGCCCGAUCAGGUGUUGGAUCUGCUGACGACCGUGGAGCUGUUGUCGGUUUUACCGAAGAAAAUUAUCGCACCGCGGACGUUCAUCUUGUACCCAGAUCAGUCGAUAUUUCUAGCCGGGAUUGGCAGAUUGGAUUACUUGAAGGGCAACUAUUUUAUCAGAUGUACGAUAUUCGCGAGCAACGAGUUGCCGAUAACUAUAACUUUGAGCGCGGACGCAGAUGAGAUAUACAACGAGUUGCUGAACACGGAGGCCUUCGUCGUGCCCGAGAACAAUCCGGACCGACUGAAAUACUGGCCGGCGUUAGGGUCCAAGGAGAUGGAGGUCAUUGGCAUCGGAAAAAACAUGUCAGUCGCCGACGUCGUUAUAUCCAGCGCAGGGUGGAUGGCGAUCAGCGGCGAGCAUGGCGAUCAUGUUUCACUGAGGGCCUGGAGCCCACAAGGACGCGGCUUGCAUCUGAGGACGCCGGCGCUCCUGAGAAAAUCCGUCGCCCUGCGUGGCGAUCGAAUUUCUAACGUGCCUACGUACAAGACUGGACGAGCAGCGUAUAAAAAAUAAAAAGGAAGAAAAAGAAAUAAUUUCUACAUAUAUGUAGAAAUAAUUUCUACAUAUAUACACACACACACACAUACACACAGUCGUUCGUAUGUAUAUAUGCAAAGUAUAUACUUUCUUAUACCUUACAAUG